AUGGCGGCCGAUUCCACUCCGAGCAAGGCUGCUCUUUCUCUCCUCGACAACAUUGCGCAACUCAGCGAUGACUUCAAGAAUGGGAGUCCUGGCGCGAGAGAAGGGUUGCUGGACGCGUGUAGGGGGCUCAUCGCGGAAGUCAGCAAUCCAUCUGAGAACAUGCUGCAAUUGUUAUGGGCGCAACCCGCACAUUUGAGCACACUUUGGAUGGGCGCGGAAGUGAAGCUGUUUCAGGCCAUGAAAGACGUCCCGGAAUCUGGUGCUACUGUUGGAGACAUCGCGAAGAAGUGCGAAAAGAAUGUUGACCCGAUUAUCGUUGGACGCAUGCUUCGACAUCUCGCUGCUAUGGGCACAGUGCGCGAGACUGGUCCCGGUACCUUUGCAAACACUCCCACUUCUUCCGCAUUCGCCGAACAAUCGUAUCAAGACUCAAUACUAUAUAUCGCAGAGAACUUUGCGCCGGCGCAUCAAUCCAUGAAGUCGUACUUUGAUCAGCGUGACUGGAAAUGCCCCGACUCUAGUCUCGAUGCGCCGUUCCAGCAUGCCUACAACUGCAAAGGGACCCAUUACUUUGAAUUCUUCCAGCAGAACCCUGAAGUAGGACGUCGCUUCGCUAGUAUGAUGGACUCUUGGAGCAAGGGCCGGCCGCGGUGGUUCUCCAAGGAUUACUAUCCUGUCGAGGAUCGGCUGAUCAGCGGUGCCGAGAAGGAUGUACCGUUUCUCGUCGAUAUCGGUGGCGGUUCCGGACACGACGUUGAAGGUCUGAGGGAGGCGUUCGAAGGCCAGAUACCAGGUACACUGGUUCUGCAAGAUAGACCGGAGAUAGUUGAGCUUGCGAAACUCGGUCCUGGUGCGGAGGCGAUGGCACACGACUUCCUGACCGAGCAACCUGUGAAGGGUGCGCGGGCAUAUUAUCUGCAUUCGAUCAUCCAAGACUGGAAUGAUGAGGUGAAUACCGAGAUUCUCAAGGCCAUCGUGCCAGCCAUGAAGAAAGGCUAUUCCAAGGUCCUUGUGAACGACUUUGUAGUCCCCAAUCAAGGCGCGCACUGGGCGCAGAGUAGGUCUUCUGACGCAACGAUAUGA